CUGUCCACACGCUUUAUUUUUGAAUCGAGCGCCUCUUCAGCUAGCAGACGCCUCUCGCACACAUUUUGGAUUAUUAUUUCUACACGCCCGCCCCUGCGCUGCCCUGCAUUGUCUCUCAGCCGCAUCUCGCUUUAUAACCUCCGACACCUCGGAGGCUGUGCAACAAUUCCCGCUGCCUUGCUGACGAAGCUGGAAGACAAAGCAAACACCGAGGCCGGCAACUUUUCUAUUUUGUAGCAAUCAUGACUGUCCUCAAGGUACCUAUACUGCUUCCCAGCAAUUGCAUGCCCCCCGAGUUGCGCUGACCGUGCCGCCUGCCAGGAACCCAUCAACGUCCGACCAGCCAGCCAACAACGACACUCGUCUAGCACCAUGGCCGGCUCACUCCCCAAGAACCGCCCACACUCGCACUCGAUAUCCGCCGGCAACCUGAACCCAGCGCAUCGCGUAACACGUAGGAAGAGCAUGAGCCAGACACCCGUCACCAAUGUUGCGGCCAUUGCGGCUGCAGCCAAGGGCAUGUCGGGGGCGCCCCUGGAUAGUAGUAGUAACGGAUCGCGCCGCCCAUCCAAGCCGACAUCGCAGUUCAGGGGACCCAACAUGGCACUCAACUCAACAAUGGCAUCGAGUAUGCCUGGCAAUGGCUCGCACUUCGGUCCCAGCAGUUAUGGCGCGGCGGCGGCCAAGAGCGAGGCUCUGACAGACGGCCCGACACUCGCAACGAUGCUGGAGCAGGACAAGGCCAACUCCAAGUCGCGGAACCGUCGCGCGAGCGAGGGCUCUCGUCUGUCCAAGGGCGACGGCAAGCGAAGUGGUAGCGAUCUGAGAUGUGAAAAAUGUGGGAAAGGCUACAAGCACAGCAGCUGUCUGACCAAGCACCUUUGGGAGCACACGCCUGAAUGGCAAUACACAUCUAAGCUGCUCAUCUCCAAGCACCAGCAGGUGCAGCUCCUCGAAGCUGCCUCUGUCCUCGUCGCCAUGAACAAGGAGAGCGACGGCGAAAACAGCGACCGCUCGUCUCCUCCGGCCUCGGGCUCGUCCGACCUGCGUGAGGAGUUGAGCUCCACUGAAACUACCCCGCCCCCACAACUCGACGACCAUGCCGUAGGCUCUUACCCUCACUCGCAUUUUGGCACCCGCUCCAUCAAGCGUUACUCCGCCAACAGCUCUGCCUACAGCCAAUCCUACCAGUCGACCGUCUUUUCCGACAACGGGAACGGCCACUUCCGCCAGUGGAGCAACGUGUCUGACCGCCCCACCACGUCAGGUACCUCGGUUGCCGGCUCAUAUCACGAUGAUGGCAAUGACCAUGCCGACCUUGCUGCCGCAGUUGGUUUGUUGAGCUGCUCCUACGGCACUCCCAAGACGGGACCAACUGCGCUCCCGCCGGACGUGCCGCCCGUGCCACCCCUACCAGCAAAGUAUUUUGACUUGAACGCCCGUACCUUGUCCGGUAGCACCACCGUCCAAGCGCAGCAGUCGAGCAUACGCAACAGCUACCGCCACAACAGCGAGAGCAAGGACGUCGACAUGGACGACGACCACUUCGCCGAUGAGGAGGACUACCGCUACUCCAACUCGCGCAGCCGCGGCCGCAUCGAUGAGGACGACGACGAGAUUUUCGGAAGGAUGGAGGAAUAGAAGCCGUCUGCGCUCGCCCUUCAUGCCUCCUUCACGACGUCCCGACCUCUCUCUUGCCAUUUUUUUUCCAUCAUCAUCUUAUCUUUCCACCGUUCAAUCCGGCUCUGUACCACAAACCAAAUAUACCAGCUAUUAGCAAUCUAUCUCC